UUUUAAAAGGUGUAAACACACGUUAUACAUUCAAAUACAUUUGAACCAUUUUGAUGUUAAUUAAAACACUAAUAAUGCAUCACCAACCCAUAGGUUAAUCGACUGUGACAGAAAUAUUAAAUAUUUCAAAAGGUUUUUUUUCAGUCUGCACUGAAAUGUGUUUCCGAGUCAAACUCAAUUCUUCAUCAAAAUUCAUACAAUCCUGCUCCUCCAUAUUUCCAUUUGCAAUCAUCCUUUAUCUCAGACAGGAAAUAAAAGAAUCCAUCAUUUCCCGAGACAAUAGAGGAAAUACAUUUUACUCGACUGGAGGUCGCAGCUGUGUGCAGCUUAUUACCCGAAAUCAUUUUAAUUGGACUCGGGAGGAUGAAAUUAAGCGCUGCGUGUCAUCUGGAGACGGCACCUGUCAAUCAAAGCAUCCUUUAUAAGCGCGCUCCGCUUGCGCGCUUUGGCACUUUGGAGAGAGACGCGCGCGGUCGGGUCGAAAGCGCACGGAUUCAUCCAUUGCGCAGAAGUUUAUUUUUAUUUAUCUGAAAGAGAAAGUAACUUUAUUUAGUUACUACAUUUGUCUCCACUUAUCCAUUAAUAUAUCCCUGUGGAAAUGGACAAACUGGCGAGCACGAACACAAGCGUCGGGAACAGCUCCCUGGAUAGGCGCUCAUUUCUGGAGCGCAGUGGAUAUCAGCAUCUUGAUCAAGAAGACCUGAGGGUUUUGAUUCCUGUCGUGCUGGGAAUCGUUUGCGUCCUUGGUUUUACCGGGAAUGUCACGGCUAUGGGAGUCCUGAUAACCAACGCGCGUAAAGGGAAGCUGUCUCUGAUAAACGCGCUCAUCCUCAACCUGAUGCUGGCUGAUGGUUUGGUCCUGGCGUUUGCUGUACCCUUCAAAGCUGCUGCAUAUUCCCGUGCCAGCUGGACACUGGGUUUGUUUGUCUGUAAGACCUGUGAUUGGUUCCUGCACUCCUGCAUGACUGCAAAGAGCUUCACGGUGGCCAUCAUGGCCAAAGCUUGCCACAGGUAUGUCAGUAAUCCCACCAAGCAGGUGACCAUCCGGUUUAAGACUAUCCUGGUUGUCUUGCUCUUCACUUGGCUCCUAGCGUGUGUGGUACCCAUACCCCAAUGGCUAUUUGCCACCCUGCAGAGAGAAGCAAGUGGAAUGAUUUGUGUGCAAUCCGUGCCAUCUGACGCCCACGAUUUUAUGUCCGUGUAUGUCAAGACGUACCCCCUCUUGGCCUAUUGCAUGCCAUUAAGCUUUGCUUUACUUUACUUCUGGAAGGCUUAUGGACGGUGCCAGCGCAGGUCCAGCAAGACCCAGAACCUGCGGACGCAGAUCAGAUCACGCAAACUGACCCUCAUGUUGUUCAGCCUGACCGUUGCCAUGGCCAUCAUGUGGCUUCCUCAGUGGGUGUCAUGGGUGUGGAUGCGGCACGCGUGGGAGACUGAGAGCAUCUUUCCUCCGGUCAUUUUUACUCUCUCCGCCCAGCUUCUCAUGUUCUCCAUUUCGCUGAUCAAUCCUCUUAUCGUUCUGGCCCUUUCCGAGGAGUUCAGAGAGGGUUACAUAGACCUGUGGCGUAGACUAACCCUCCGCAAACAACCGGCAAAACACAAGCCAGGGCCGCACACCCCGACCGCCCCAAAGUCACCCACCCCAAGACCCGAGAGAUCGGCCCACCUGCCUCCUCAUCGGCCUGAGCAAACAGAAGAACAGAAACCGGAGAAGGAAACAGAACAGAACGGAGGAAAACAAGAAAGUCCAGGCAACAAGGAUGGAAUAGUACUGCAAGAUGUGGAGCAGUUUUGGCACGAGAGGGAAUCCGGUUCCCAUUCACUCGAAAAUGACCCUGUGCCCUGGGAACACCAAGACCACAAGCAAGUAAAACAGUAAGACUGUCCUACCCAUGGCACUGAAAGAGUUCAUAUUUAUCAUUUUUUUUCAACACAAACUAAAAUCAUACAACAGAUGAGACCUCACUUGAAUGAAUCCCUCCCAAUCUUCAUGUUUAAUCAUAUUUAUUGAUUUUCUAUUGUGCUUUAUGUUUUUCUCUGUUUAUUUAAAAACAUAAAAUGAGAACUGGUUUGGUAUCAUUGAAGUGCGUAUAUAUAUAUAUAUAUAUAAAUGACUUUGUAUAAUUUGUAUUGUAUUAUGCUGCUUAAAAAUCCGGUUGAAUGUAUUAUACAUUAUUACAGGUAGAGAUGUCGCUAAAAAAAACUGUGUGUGUUGCUUUAUUAUGUGCAAAAGGACAAUAGCAAUGCCGGAAAGCUGUGCAUAGCGCUCUCCUGCCUAUAGUGUUUUGAAAAUAGAUGUUUCAGUUUUGUUUAUAGGACUGUGUCUUUGGGCAUAUUCAGAAAGUGAGAUUUAAAUAAAACCAUCUAUAGAAAUAAAAUACAACAUAAGAAAAAAUGCAUUUGUGUAAAACAA